AUGACAGAUUCACAACAACAGCACAACAACGGAAAAACGUGCACACGUAUGAGCCAGCACCAGGACGUGUUGACGGCAGCUUUUUUGCGGGCACAUGGGGUCGCACUGUCGAAGCCGCUGCGCGAUUGGCUGACGCGAGUCUCGUUCUUAGCGCGGGCUCAGACAUCUGUCGAGAAAAAGGAGAAGUACGAAAGGUGGGCUCUGCGAGCAGUGGAGGAUGCAGUGAAGUCGCCGGGUGGUGUGGCAGCCAUCAUGUGGGCCAAGCAAAGCGUUGUAAUGCCGCCCGAUUCGCCUGACUGUACGUCGGAGUGGUGGCAAGAGAGUCGCCGCUCCUAUGCAACCUCCUCAAGUGGCGCUACCGCUCCUUACGAGAACCCCACGCGAGCGUCGCUGUUGACAGAGACAAUGCAACGCGCCCCGGCGCCGCUGCAGCCCUUUGUGCAGCAGGGCUUCAGCCUCUACGACAGAGAGGUGACCCUUGGUCACCGCCGCUACGAACAGGUCACCUUUGUGGAAAUGCUCAAUAUUGCAAAGAGUCUGCAAGCCAAGGCGUCUCCAGCACCCGUGCCGUCACCGGCCCUGCCACCCCCCUCACAGCCGCCGCCAUUAUCGUACAACGCGUUCAUGACCCCGACAGCAACCAUCACGCGCACCGUUUUCGUACCGCCAACCGAGCACAAGAGGCCCGCCCCGGAAGCCGCGCCGCACGAGCCUCCACAUAAACGAGCUGUGCCAGCCACCGCACCCGCUGUGUCGCGGAAGGACAAGACGUUCUUCUUCCAGCUUGCUGGUAUCACGGACGCUGAAGUGGCCGCCCCGCGUGAAUUUAUCGGGCUGUCGACGGAGCUGGAGCGUCAUUACACCCGCUACGAGCCCCUGGUCGAGGACAUUCGCCCCCUCGCGGUGUUGAAGGACGCGUACGCGCACAUUACCACGCACGCCACGGGCUUGGAGAGGGCGGAAGGCAAGAAGGCUGCACAGAAGUACCUGAGUGAUCAGCUCAAGGGCAUGCGGCAGGACCUGCGAGUGCAGAACAUUGUCGAUAACUUCACCGUCAUGGUGUAUGAGGUGCACGCGCGGCUCUGCCUGGAGACUGGCGACAUUGGCGAGUUCAACCAGUGCCAAGCAGGUCUGAAGCAGUUCUAUGCAAUGGACGCUGUUGACCUGAGUCAGUGCGAUGUGAAGAACUUCUUUCUCUACCGCCUGGUGUACCUGACGCUGAGCGGACAGUACGACUCUCUCUCUACGGAGCUCAUUCACUUCACCAACGCCCAGCUGCAGGGUACCGACCGGGUUGGCAGCAGCAUCACCAGGGAACCGGUCAACCGCACUCUCGCUCUCUGCGCCGCGUGCAACGACGGCGACACGCCGUCGCUAUGCCGUCUUCUGCUCAGCUUCGAGGUGGAAAUGACGUACCUCGUUCGCAUCUACUUACAAAAAUUGCGGAUCAUGUGGCUCAAAGAAAUUCUCACCGCCAUGAAGGGCUCACUCACGCUACGCUUUCUGAUGGCCAGCCUCGGCUUCACGCCACUUCCACACGGCAAGAAGAGGCGUCAGCUGUUCUGGUUGGACGACGCGGAGGAGAGCGCCGCGCUUCGGUUUACCGAGCUCUUUCAAACACUCAAGGUGGAGCUGCCGCCAGAAUUCUCCUUUCACGCAGAGGUGACCCGCGCAAAGCACACCGGGUCAGACCCGCAGGCGCACUAUCCGUCCCUCGACGCUGCCACUGCCCUGAAAGCAGUCAACGACUACCUCGUAUUCCUUGGGACACGCAAAGACGCCGUCCGCACAUAG